CAACGAUAAAAAUGGCGAUCCACAAAAAAUGACGAGCGUUGAAUUUUGACAACCAAUUUCACUGCGAAAAACUGAAUUCUGCACAUCAGUUAUUCUGUGACAUUGGGUUACACUUAAUCUUUUCGUGUUGGUCGUGGCUAUGACUCCAAGAAGGUUGAAAAUAGUCCUAAUUUUGAGUGGGAAAAAAGUAAACGUAAACAAGUAAAAGUUGACUGAGGUCCGAGUCCGACCGAGACUGCCGAGACGAGAAAAUUAAUUACGAUCUCUGACUGAUCUGUGUCGCAUUCCUCCUAAAGCCUAGGUAUCAUGAAACGUAACUUACAUUAAUUGACAGCUUGGCACAGCUUCCAUUACUUAUUCAAUGGGAUGGCUACCAUCACUACUUGGGCUUCCCGUCAUCGAUGAGAAACAAAACGGGACGAACCGUUCGCGGUGUUAUUGAGUUGUUUGAAAUGUUUGAACUUGACUCCUUGAGCUUCUUGAAAAGACUUGAGUUUGAAUUGUUGAAGUUGAAGCUCAUCUGAAUCUGAUCACGAUGUCUGCAAAUACCAACAAGAGAGUGUAUAGUUUACCCCAGCCAAGCAACAAUUUGCAAGGCCCCAUCAAAGGACAUGUGUCCCUGAAGAGCAGUCCUUUUGCAUCCACUUGUACCAGACUCAGUUCGCAGCAUCUUGUUCAAGAUCAAAUGAAUGUUCAUUACAAGAACCUGAACAAAGCAAAAUCUCGUAUCGAUUCAGGUCAACCGAGGUCAAUGACAACAAGUGUGAAAAAGCGUGACCAGCUGAGGCGGGAUGCAAUGAUCAAAUCUCAGAAGGAAUCUUCACCAUCUAGGCCUAGUUCUAGAGCUAGUUCUAGAGCAACUCCUCGACCCGACUCGGCAAGACAGGGAUCACCUAGUAGGCAAGCCAUGGAUAAGAGUUUCACAUCGGAAGAGCUGAAUCACCUUGCAACCAAUGGACACUUAUCGCCAAGCCCAUAUAGUCAGCGUAUCGGCACGACACGCUCAGCUCUCGAUUAUCGAUCCCAACCAGAUGGUUUCAGAACUCAAUCCAGGCUCAGCGAGAAUACCAAAUCACUCCGUUUUAAAGAUACGGAAGGACCAAGGCUCACUGAGAGUAGCAGGUUACGCUCGUCAAGGCUCGACCAGACCAAACCGGCAUCCGGGGAUAUACUAGAUAAGAUGCCGGACCGGUUCUCAUCGCCCGGUAGACCGCACACACCAAGGACACUCAAUACAACGGUCCAAUCGAGGCUCGCACAGUCCAAUAACUAUAACAAGCCCAAGAAACCAGUUGCAAAAUCACGAAGACAGAAUGAACAUGAAAAUAACGACAUCGAGUAUGAAGAAACUCUGCAAAACUAUGAAAAUGGGCUGGAGGAAGAUGGUGAUCCUGAAUCCUAUAAACGUAAGGCAGAUCAUAUGAUGUGGCUGGAGGACCAGACUAGACGAGUAGAAUCUCUCCAUCUAGAGGAUCUUAGAGACGGUGAUGAUGACCUGGGUCAAACAGGAGACAUCAAUUUAACGAGGUCACAUCAGAGACCAUUCUACAGCACCGGAAAUCUGUCCAACCGACCCACCUCAAGAAUAAGUAAAAGAAUGAAAGAUGAGGAAGAGGAGCUGCUUUAUUUAGAGUUUGUAACAGACGUAACGAACGAUGUCUUGAACCGAGGCAUAUUUACCAACACUGUAUUGAAGCAAGUGUUUGACUCGCACAUCAAUCGCAAUAAAGACAGGCUGGAUGUGGGCCGAAUGCAACAUCUUAUGUCACAGCUUCAGGAAGAUCUUUUCAUCCCACAAAGCGACGAUGAGGAUGUGGAAGCUGGAGACCUUAACAAGACCUCAGGAGCCACAUCGUGACCUUACAGCCUUAGGAACGACAUCAUGAACUCAUGAAGGACAUUGUGACCUGAGGGACAUCAUGACUGUACUUAUGCAAUUUCUUUUCUUAGUCCAACCUCAUUUCUGUAAUCUCGCAGUAGUAACGUCUCCUUUCCAGGGAUAAGGGAGUUUUCGUUUUAAUGACGGAUGGUUCUGCGACGGUUAUGAUGACAUUUGGCGUCAUCUGCGCAUGCGUCGGCUUUGAGGAAGGUCGUCCCUCAAUUUCUAUGACAGAACUUGGGAUGAAUCUUCUGUGUGCUGAAAACGACAACAUUUGGCUGAAAAACCGUCGCAGGACCAUACGUUGUCAAAAAUGAAAACACCCCCCUGUGAUGAUAGGGGGACAUAACGGUUUGCUGUUCAUAGGAGCGAGGUUGUGUUUAGUCUUAUACAUCUCAGGGUUGGCCGGCUGGAACCAUUCAGGGCCCAAUUUCAUGGCUCUGCUCACCGUAAGCAAAGAAUCGGUUGGGAUUUGAGUUACAUACACAUUCCAGAAUAGUGCCUUCUCAGUCAAUAUAUAGUCACCUAGAGUUUAGUUUUUUAGGGUGGCAUGGUGGGGGAAGCUUACAUCUGAGCUCCGCCUCGGUUUUCACUGGGGCAAAGGUUAGGGUUUAACCCUUGCUUCUUUGGUAUUCCACUGCCUUAUAUCAUCCGGGAUCGAAAUACAAGUUGUUAAAGGCACUGGACACUAUUGGUAAUUACUCAAAAUAAUUGUUAGCAUAAAAACUUGC